AUGACGUUUAUUAACGUUCUCCCCGCUGAUCUUCAUGAGGGAACCGUCGAUGGAGUUGCCAUUAAAUGGAAUCACAACGCUAAAGCUAGGCUGGCUACUAAUGCCAUCGAUUACGAAGUGGACGCUACCGCUAUGAAGGCAGCUACUGGGAACUUUACGCACAAGCGCUCUAAGCGCCUGGGGAAGGCCACUGCCAUAAUAAUUGGAUCUUUCCAUAAAUUCACCACGGUCACCAGAUCCGGCAAGAAGAAAGCGGCCCACUCCCAUAUAACGCUUUCCCUAAAUCCAGGAGGCGUCAAGGUCCAUCUGAACGUGACCUUGCCCGAUGGGGGGGCCGUAGAAAAUGCCCAGUGGAGAGGUGAAAGCGUCGUAUUGAGAAGAAGGGCCAUAGCAGACCCAAGCCUGUCCGUAGGCGAGUAUGCUGAAUUGUCCGACAGGGAUACACCGUCCCCGGUCUUGAACUAG